AUGCUUAGUACAGUUGUAUCAGCUGACAUUGAUCAUUCAUCGCAAUCUUCCACAACUUCAUCGUCCUCUUGUUCAUCAUUAUUAGUAACAUCACCAUCAGCAUCAUCAUCACAUGAUAGUUUAUUAAAUUCGCAUCAUUCAACAACUCAACAAGAAACAAUAAAUAGUAAUCCGUUUGAUUUUCAUGAUUUCAAUUUACAACUUCAACAAAUGUCAUCUACAUUUAACAAUAAUCAUGAUACAACAAAUGGAGAUGGUGGUAGUUAUGGAAUAUCGGCAUCAAUGAUAAAUAUGAUGGGUUUCGAUCAAGAACAUGCAGCAUAUGCUAAAAAAAGUCAAAAUAUGACCGAAUGUGUUCCUGUACCAAGUUCGGAACAUGUCGCAGAAAUUGUUGGACGUCAAGGAUGUAAAAUAAAAGCAUUACGUUCAAAAACUAAUACUUAUAUUAAAACACCGGUAAGAGGAGAUGAACCUGUAUUUAUUAUAACUGGUCGUAAAGAAGAUGUUCAUUUGGCUAAAAAAGAAAUAUUAUCAGCUGCUGAACAUUUUUCACAAAUACGUGCGGCACGAAAGCAACAAGGAAAUAAUCAAAAUGGUACAAUUACUAAUAGUAGUAGUAGUAGUAAUAACGGAAAUGGCAGCAAUAAUAAUAUAUUGCAACAAAAUUCAUUACCAUCGAUUAAUAACACUCAUUCACAUGGUCUUUCAAUGCCCGGUAAUUUAACAACGACACCAACAACGAUGAUAAAUAAAAAUAAUAAUCAUAUUUUACCAUCAACAUCAGCUUCGGUCUCAUCUACAUCGACAACAUCUUCGUGUUUGUCAGCUCCAUUGAUACAGCCAACAUCAAGUUCGUCGCAAUCAUCCACAUCUCAAACAACCAUACAGGUUCGUGUGCCAUAUCGUGUAGUAGGGUUAGUUGUCGGUCCAAAAGGUGCUACCAUCAAGCGUAUUCAACAAACGACAAAUACAUAUAUCGUUACUCCCGGUCGUGAUAAAGAGCCAAUAUUUGAAAUUGCUGGUUUACCAGAGAAUGUUGAAGCAGCCAAAAUUGAAAUCGAAAGUCAUAUUGCUGUACGCACAGGCAACACUGAUUAUCCUGGUAAUCAAUCGCCAACAGGUUUAAACGAACAACAAAGUGUUAUUAAUACGAUGAAUAUUUAUGGUAAUUUUGUUGGCUCAGAUGGAGAUAAUGAUUAUGAUCACUCAUAUCUUGGCAACAAUAAUAAUUUAUUUUGUAAUGGAACAGAUAUAAUUGAUUUGAAUAAUCAUUGCUCAAAAUUAGGUAAAUUAUCGUCUGUUGAUAACAAUAAUAAAUUGUCGUCAAAAUUUAGUCACCAUUUGUCAUUACCAUUUCAUCCAUCAAACACACUUCAAUCACAUCAUUCUACAAAUGUAUUAUCUUGCUCAAAAAAAACAAUAUCUGAAAAUUAUCAAACAUUAUCUCAGUCAAAUUAUUUUCCAUUGAAUGAUUAUUCAUCAAAUAUUGCCACCAUUAAAAAUGGAGCAAAUUCAUCUUCGUUCGAUCAUUUACUGUGUGAUACAUCGUCAUCAUCAACAACCACAACUACAACAGCUCAAAAGAAUAAUAAUAAUAAUAAUAAUGAUUUAUCAACAAUUUUAGAUGUUUUAAAAACAAAUUCAUCAUUAUUUGCUGAUACAAUUCCAUCAUCAACUACGUCUGUUUCAUCAGUAUGGCCAUCAGCUUCUUCAUCAACAUCAAAUUUAUUUCCAACAACGAUUACUCCACCAGCCGUGACCACGCAUUCAACAGCAGCGAAUGAUGUACAAUCGCAAAUGUAUGGUGGUUCGAGUUCGACUGCAUAUUUAUUCUAUAUGCCAAAUCGUAGUCGUAGUGAAUGUAGUAUAGAAUUAAAUAAUAUGAGAAAAUCUUUAUCUCCAUUUACCACUCCAGGUGUUAGUGGUGGUAUUGUGGAUAAUACUAAUCAUUCUGAACAUUUUCUUAUGGCAAAUCCACAAGUAAUGGAUACAAAUAAAUCAUCGGUUCGUCGUAUGCAUAGUGAUCCAUUAGUAAAUAAUUACUCAUAUUUACAGUUUAUGUCAACACAAGAAAAUUUUCCACUCAUGUGUAACACAACCGAUAUAAAUAAUAAUUCAUUGAUCGACGCAUCAUCAUUAUUAUUAUCACCACCAACAGCCACCGUUGCUCAACAAGAUCUAUUUUCAACCGUACCAUCAUCUACGUCAAAUACAACAACAAAUUCAUUAACACCAACUCCAGCUUUAUCACUGAAUGAUCAUCAAUCAUCAUUAAAUACAUUAUUUGCUCAUGCAGUUCAACGUCGUUUAAAUGAAUCAUCCAACAGUUGUAAAACAACCACAACUACCACAAGUUAUUUAUCACCAUCGUCACCUACUUAUCAACAAUGUUCACAAUGCGGUCAAACAGCAUUGGCUUCAACAUCACCGUGUGGUCAUCUCUGCUAUUGUUUUGAUUGUGCUGUUCAUUCAUCAACAACAACAAAAUAUUGUCCUUUAUGUAAUAAUAAUACAUUUGGUGCUCAACAUGUCACAACAUAUUGA